AUGUGGAGCCCCAGCGGGAGCCUGCUCCAGGCACUACCCCGGCUCCUGCAGCACGCCGCCCUCCAGGGCCGAACCGAGCUGCCGGCCCGCUGGGCCCUGCCGCGGGCAGCGGGCGGGGACGACGCGGCCGAUCGCCUCCCCCGCGGGGGCGGGGCGAGCGCGGCGGCGGCGGCGGCGGCUGCCUCCGGCGCCCUGCUCGGCGCCUAUCUGGAGCGCCACGGUCCGCCAGCAGCCUCGGAGCUGCCGGCGCCGGGCGGGGCCUUGGCGGGCGGCCCCGGGAGCGGCAGCGGCGGCGGCGUGGUGGUCGGCGUGGCGGAGGUGAGAAACUGGCGCUGCUGCUGCCUCGGCAGCACCUGUUGGUGCCGGAGCCUUGUGCUGGUGUGCGUGCUGGCCGCGCUGUGCUUCGCUUCCCUGGCCCUGGUCCGCCGCUACCUGCAGCACCUCCUGCUCUGGGUGGAGAGCCUCGACUCGCUGCUGGGGGUCUUGCUGUUCGUCGUGGGCUUCAUCGUGGUUUCGUUCCCCUGCGGCUGGGGCUACAUCGUGCUCAACGUGGCCGCCGGUUACCUGUACGGCUUCGUGCUGGGCAUGGGACUGAUGGUGGUGGGCGUCCUCAUCGGCACCUUCAUCGCGCAUGUGGUCUGCAAGCGGCUGCUCACUACCUGGGUGGCCGCCAGGAUCCAGAGCAGCGAGAAGCUGAGCGCCGUUAUUCGCGUCGUGGAGGGAGGAAGCGGCCUGAAAGUGGUGGCGCUGGCCAGACUGACCCCCAUACCUUUUGGGCUUCAGAAUGCAGUGUUCUCGAUUACUGAUCUCUCCUUACCCAACUAUCUGAUGGCAUCUUCGGUUGGACUGCUUCCUACCCAGCUUCUGAAUUCUUACUUGGGUACCACCCUGCGGACAAUGGAAGAUGUCAUUGCAGAACAGAGUGUUAGUGGAUAUUUUGUUUUUUGUUUACAGAUUAUUAUAAGUAUAGGCCUCAUGUUUUAUGUAGUUCAUCGAGCUCAAGUGGAAUUGAAUGCAGCUAUUGUAGCUUGUGAAAUGGAACUGAAAACCUCUCUGGUUAAAGGCAAUCAACCAAAUACCAGUGGCUCUUCAUUCUACAACAAGAGGACCCUAACAUUUUCUGGUGGUGGAAUCAAUAUUGUGUGACUCUAAUGAAAUGUAUGAUUGUCAAGAGCUAGUGUGCUGUCCAAGGUCUAGUGGUCACCUUACCAGCGGGCAGAGACAAGUUCUAAUUGUAUUAUGGCACAAAUAAAACUGACUAGUUUUUAAAUUGCACAAUUUUUUUAAAGGAAGAAUCAUUUUCUGGAUAUGUAAUUGUAAAUGUAGAUGCAAAUUUGGGCUGCACCUCUUUAUCAUUUAUUACGCCCACAGUGGCCCAUAGGUCUGCACUUUAGUGUUUUUUAAUUGUUUUCUUUCUGGGUACUUAAGAACAGAGAAAUAACCCAAAUAUUUUUCUGCUUAGUGUCUUUAUUUAUAAAGUCCAUGAAUAGUUGUAAGCAUCUUCCCUACUUAUAAUGAUGAGUAAAAGUAAGUAAUUUAAAUGUAUGAUAUUAUUUAGAUGUUCUGUGUCCUUUUCAGAAAAG